CACAAAAUGACGGGUUAAUUUUGCAAUUUGCAUUUCUUUUAAUUGGAAAAUUUCAAAACUUACCUGAAGUUGGGGGAAAUCCUUACGAUAGAAAUGUAAACGGGCAAAAAUAUACUUUGUCUAGGCCCCUUAUUACUGUAAGAUAUAGUUAAAACGUAGUAUCAUAACCAAACCGUUAAGUAGGUACUUAGCUUGGUGAUUUUGAUAAAAUUUGAAAACAAUAUUUGAUAAAUUAAAUAUACCGAGCUACAACUAUGGCAGAUUGGUCUAAUAAACAUGUGAUCAUGCGGGACUUGGCAGAGGCACAAGGGUGUGAUGUUCCGGUUGACCUUGAAGGAAUUGGCGCCAACGAGAAACCACCCGCUUUGAAUAUCCCUGAAGACACUGGAGAGGAUUAUUUUGGACAUUGUGUUGGAGAGGGUGACACCGGCCCACCAGACAUCGCUAUGAUCCAGCAAAUGCUAGAUGAGGUCAGAGAUGUAAGUGUCGUAAACUGCGAGGACAGCUCUGAAUAUGUUGUAGAAAUAUCCAAACCUAACAGGUUAUCUAUGAGCCAAUUGAUUGGCAAAGAUGUCACGAAUAUCAGAACAGGAGCCAUACCAAAAACCGUCCAAAGUAAAACUGAGAAACCUGCGAUGAAAAAAGUAAAAAAGAAAAGAGAAAAUGUUGCUGUUAAUUCAAUUUUACAAAAUAUGGCAGAGGAAAGUGCAAAAUUAAAUGCAGAACAGCCUAAAGAACCACUAAAACUUUUAAAACCAAUGGACUUCAUAACUGAUUUCACAGACACAGAGAUAGUCCAAUCCGUUGAGAAGGUUAACGGUUGGUUGGAUAACCAAGUGCCUGAAACUUAUGUGCCAAAGUUUGUAAGUAAUCCACUUCAUUUCGAGGCAGGUUCAAUGUUUAAAAGAAAAAGUGGCUCUACAUCAAAAAGCAACAGGAGUGACAGCGUUACUUCCUCACCUCAAAAAAAAGAAUCAUCAACAUCAUAUAAACCUUCUUCUUCGGCUACUAAGACACAAGAUCCUGAACGUAAGAUUUUACAUAAUCCAUUAGCAUUAGAUCCGGGUGCAAUGUUUAAGAGAAGAAGUGGAUCAACCUCUAAAAGUACAGGGAGUGACUCUGUUGAGGCCUUGUCCCCUCCUCAAAAGCCACCUACGUCAUCAGUUGAUACGUACCAACCGACAACAAAUUUCAGUGAAUAUUACCAGAAGUAUGUGGAGAAAAGUCAAAUAAAAGAGUCAAUUAAAGAAGAUAUAUGGACAAGAGCAGAAAAGUUAAUGAAGAAAAAAGAAGAGGCAGCAGCAUUGAAAGCUCUGGAGUCUAACUUAGAAGCUGAAGCUAUAGUUUCGGAAGUCUUCGACGUACCUACGGAAGACGAUAUAGCAAACAUUGUUCUAAACUUCAAAUUAGAACCUGACGUUAUCGAUUCAACGGUAGAAACUGAUGUAAUCGACAUAAUGGUAGAACCUGAUGUAAACGACGCAACGAUACAAACUGCCGUAAACGACGCAACGAUACAAACUGUCGUAAACGACGCAACGAUACAACCUGCCGUAACUGAAACAACGAGACAACCUGCCGUAACUGAAACAACGAGACAACCUGCCGUAAUGGACGUCCCGUUAGACCCUGUCGUAACCGACGCAACGAUACAACCCGCCGUAAUCGACGCAACGAUACAACCCGCCGUAAUCGACGCAACGAUACAACCUGCGGAACAGUAGUAACUACGUAAAAUGGUAUACUUUAUUUCUAAGCCUUCUUAAUAUGCUUUUUACUACCAUUUUGGAUUAAAACUGAAAUGGUUCGCGCCGUGACAGAGGCAAGAGACCGCGACAUGAGUACCAAUACAAGAGACAGGUUCGGCCAGGUU